AUAACCGGCGGGCAGCUGCGGUGCUUGCCCCUCGACACCGCCUCGAUAACUGCCGAGCGCUAGAUACAUCUGCAUGGGCCGGGGUGAUUGAGCCUAUAUGGCUGCGAAGUAACCUUACGCGUGAGGAAUGGGUUAAUCAGUGUCGCAGCCAUGGCAAGAUCAACAAACAGAGGCAUCACGGAUGGCGAUCCGCGGGUGUCCGUGUCCACGGGAAGCGGAGAGGCGCGAGACCUCACCGACCUCCGGGAACUGUCUCUCGAGGAGGUGCUGAAGUCCUACGAGCAGCCGAUCAACGAGGAGCAGGCCUGGGCUGUGUGCUACCAGUGCUGCGGAGGAGCGAGGGCGCCGCACCCGGCGACUGGUCCACUUUACCAAGUGAAAGACCCGUCCUCUAUUCUCCUCCACAGAGACGGGACAGUGUCGCUCCAGCAGCAGCCCUGCAGCAGUGAUGACACGGACAGACCUUCUCCUCCAGUGAUUGCCGAGCGACAGCUGGUGCGCUCCAUGGGCGUGGCCAUCUACCAGGCUCUGGACUGGGGCCUGGACGACAGCGAGGAGCAGGAGCUCAGCCCGCAGCUGGAGAGCCUUCUGGAGCGCAUGGCGUGCGGUGAUGGGGAGGCUGACUCCCUCGCUGGCGGCGGCGGCGGCGGCGGUGCGGACCGCGACGGCUGCGUCAACGGCACCGCUGACGAGGGCUACAGCGGGCAGGAGGAUGAGGAGCAAGAGGAGGAGGAAGAGGAGGAGGAGGAAGAGGAGGGCGUUGACGAAGGGGUGCUGAGGAGGAGGAGGAGGCCGGUGUACACGUUGGCGAAGGUGAAGGCGCUGUGCGCGUCUCGGCUGGCCAACCCCGCUCAGGCCGUCGAGCACUACCCGGCGGUCUGCAGGGCCCUGUUUGUGGAGACCCUGGAGCUGCAGACGUUCCUCACCAAGAUACAAGACGCCAAGGAGAUGCUGAAAGAAAUCCGAAAAGAUGAAAUUCCAGAAGACUCGUCGACCGCUGAGCUCGGUGCUUUGAAGCACACAGACUGGGCCCGCCUGUGGGUGCAGCUGAUGAAGGACCUGAGGCAGGGUGUGAAGCUGAAGAAGGUGGGGGAGCAGCCCUUCAACCCCCUCCCCACCGAGUUCAGCCUCACCCCCUUCGAGAUGCUCAUGCAGGACAUACGGUCGCGGAAGAUCCAGCUACGCAAAGUCAUGGUGGAUGGAGAUAUCCCCACCAGAGUGAAGAGGAAUGCACACGAAAUGAUCCUGGAUUUUAUCAGGUCCAGACCUCCCCUCAAACCGGUGUCAGAGCGCAGCCUCCCCCCCCCCCCCCAGGAGCCCGAGUCGCUCCACCAGCGGCUCCUGGCAGGGAUCAAGCAGGAGAGGAAGCUCCGGCCGGUGGCCUCCCCGCCCUCCAGAUCAUUUGGCUCCAUGCCCUGCCUUGCCCUGCCUUGUCCUUGCAACGUGAAGUCUACGUCCUGUAUUGACCUGUCUGCGUCGGACGGCGGGCUCCGGGCCCCGCCCAGGCCGCGGGUUCGCCUCAAGGCCCCCACGCUGGCAGAGAUGGAGGAGAUGAAUGUCUGGGAGGAGGAGGGCUCCCCGGAGGGAGGGGAGAUGCGGAGGGCCGAGAGCUUCCCCUUACCUCUGAAGCGAGACCGCUCCUUCUCAGAGCACGACCUGGCGGAGCUGCGGGGCGACAUGCUGCCCCCCCUCGCCGGCUCCCCGCGGCUGGGGGGCGAGGCGGCGUUCAGGCUGAGGGGAGAAAGACCCCGGUCCCAGACCAUGACGGGGGCCUUCCCCCCGCCAGUAUACCGAGCGUCGUACCAAGCCUCCUGGACGCCCUCCUCCCCCGCCCGACUGUCCCUCAGCUCGGUGGACGAGGUCACAGAAACCGCAGAAGCCCCGCCCACAAUUGACAAGAAGAGACAGUGGAUGGAGGAGUUCAGCCACCCAGUGGAGAGUCUUGCCUUGACGGUGGAGGAGGUGAUCAAUGUGCGCCGGGUUCUAGUGAAGGCAGAAAUGGAGAAGUUCUAUCAGACUAAAGAGCUCUACAACAACCUGAAGAAGGGCAAGGUUUGCUGCUGCUGUAAAGUGAAGUUUCCUCUCUUCUCGUGGCCGUCCAAUUGCUUACUCUGUAAAAGAUCAGUCUGUGCCUCCUGUAGUGCAAAGAUGAAGAUCCCAUCUAAGAAGAUGGCACACAUCCCUGUCUAUACCUUGGGCUUCUACAGCAGCCCAAAGAGCCAUGGCCACAAAAGCCAAGUAUACAAGUCCCUACGCAGCCUCACGCGCCGCUCGGUCGAGGAGGAGUUCCCCCACCUGUACGCGCACGGCUGCACGCUGCGCGACGUGUGCGCCGAGUGCACCAAGUUCGUGGCGGACGUCAUCUCGUCUAGCCGCCGCAGCCUGGACCUCCUCAACACGCCCAAGCGGGAGAGCCGGCCCGCCGCCCGCCCGCCCCAGGCCGCUCCCUUGCCUCGCCCGCUGUCGGCGCCAUGUCCCUGGGGCGCCCCGUCGCAGCCUCCCCCCAGUGCCUCACGGAGGCAGCCGCUAGCCCGGGCCGACACCACCCUCCCCAACAGGGCGGGAAAGUGAUCGGAGAGCGUACCGUUACACUGUUUGAUUGAAUGAGCUAGCCCCGCCCCCUCUGCCGCCACCACGCGCCCCCCCGGCAACCCCUUCCUCCCGAUACGCGAAUCCAGCACCAGUGUUGGAGCCCCCGAUCAACCCCUCCUCUGGACACACACACACACACCGCCAAACGCACACAUAUACACACAAGCACACAUGGCCAAACACACACACACACACACACACACACACACACACACACACACACACACACACACACACACACACACACACACACACACACACACACACACACACACACACACACACACACACACACACACACACGGCCGGACGCCGGCCAUGACAUGUUGCCUUGAUUAUGUUGUGAAUGUAUUAUGCCCUUAAGCAUGGCCAGAGGCACAAUCAGUGCAAGCUCAUUGGGGACAUAGCCUUUCUCGCUUGGAAGGUGGCCUACU